AAAUAUUUUUUAUCUUCUGGAGGCGUAAGUACAGAAAAAUAGACUAAACUUUAUUGUAAAUUGAACGCUAUACUCAUUGGAAUAAUAUUAGGGUGUCGAAUUUAAACAYGCUUGUCAUUUGACUCCAAGACAACCAGCGAAAAGAUCCAUACUUUCGACUGUGAUAAAAGGGCACCUUAAUAUUGACAAUGUUUUCUCCUCAAACCGKGGCUUCUUUCCGUCUGUUUUUGAAGUUUAAGCUGCUUCAGUUCUUAASCAAAAGUGAGAUGAAACUUUUGAGUGUUUAUCAAAGCUUACCGAGCGCACGAAGAAGAGGCUCUUCGCUGUUUCCAGAGUGAUCGAAGUGAGCAGGAAAAAUGCAGUUCCCUCGAUGUUGUUGACUUUAUCGCCAUCUGCUAGAAAGGAUCAAAUCACAUCCGGCCAUCGCUCAGUUCWGCUACACAUUCGUCCUUUUAACUUUACGUCCAUUGAAAACAUUUAACGUUAUCGAACCUAGUGUUGUGAUUCGCUUUUGAAAAUUUCAAGUGGAGCAAACCGAAAUUGAACAGGAAUUCAACACGACGAUGGACGAUAGUUGUGAGAUAUAGUYAACAAUGACUCUAUAUAAAUAAGACAACGGCAAUGACUGAUCCAGCAAAUGACACAGCAAGCCUCUCAGAGUCGCAAAAAUUGAGGAAACGGCUCCCAGAAAUCCCUCCAGAAGAGCUUGCAAAGCAUGGCGACAUCAAGAUCUCUCAUGAAUUACCAGCAGAGGUUCAAGCACAGCUGAAACGCCGCCAGUUCAGAAACAGCUCUCAUAAGAGAUCCAGGUCACUAUCAGGUAUCGAAGGGCUUUAUGAACAGCCUGAUAUUCAGCAAACUGAUAAAGACAGUGUUGAAUCAAAGAAGGAGAACUUGAUGCCUGUUACAAUUAACAACAAUGCUGUUUCAAUGCCCACCACUCCAGUGAUAACAAGGAGGAGCAGUGAUGGUGGAAGGUCAACUGAAGCUAAAGAUCAAGAAAUCCUCAAGGAAUUACGAUGGCAUUACAAACAGUACAUAAAAGCAUCUAAACGGAAAAAAGAAAAAAGUAUUGAGGCAGGGACUGAUACAGAUAGGGUGCUAAGUGCUGUUCAGGUGCUUCUCAAUGAGGACAAAAAUAACCAGAUAAGCACUGACCGUUGUAACAGAUGUUCACGACAAGUAGAAAUCCUUGAGCGUGUUGCCGUGGAGAACCACGUUUUUCACAAGACCUGCUUUGUUUGUGCUAUUUGUGGAUCGUGGCUCAACCACUUCAACUACUGCUUUGUUCCUGAUCAUGAUAAAUUCUAUUGUGUCCAACAUUAUCAAGAUAUUGAGAGUGCCUCGGUAGGCCUUGAUGAACAGAUACGGCAUGCAUUAGGGAUUGGUCCUGGAGUGCAGCAGCAGUUUCACUAUGUGCCAGACAGUGUUGAUAACAAACCAAAAGAUAACAAAUCAGUAAGCAAAGCGCAAAGCUCUAUUGAUAUCAUGAAAGAAAAGAUAACCUUACUCAGCAAACGAGGGAAAAAACUUGAGAAGAAAAGCAACAAGCUCAGAAAACAAAUCGACACGUUCAAAGGGAAUGACCUUGAGAAAGGGCAACUGUGGCAAGAAUGGUUUGAAAGUGAACGUGACAAGAACAGUACUUUUAGAAGGGAAGCAGAGCUAACUUUUAGAGUUCGAGAGCUGGAACUUUCUGAAAAGUAUCUUGAACUUGAAAAAAAGUUGAGAGCUAUCACUGAAAAAACUGACAACAUAAAAACAGAAUAUGACAAAUCAAAUGAGAAGGAAUUGCUCCAAGAAAUGUUGGUUGUUGUUGAAAAAAGGGAACACUUGAUUGCUGAAAUGGAAGCUGCAAAGCUAAAAUAUGCUGAGGAAGAUAAAGUUUUACAGAAGCAAAAAGACGAGAUAGGAAUCAAUCAGCCUGACUUAGUGAAACAGGCGUCUGCUGCAGACAGCGAAGCCAAGAAAGUCUCAGAAGCUGUAAAACAAGCACCAGCAACAAUCAAGAAACACUCACCUUUAGGGUGCUGUGUUCUACUGUAAACCAUAUUUGUAAUCGACUUUCAACGUGUUUGGCGUCACUGGAAAAAAUCGCAGGUUGUGAAUUUGAUGUAAAUAUGAUGUAAUUGUCCAAAAUGAUGAAAAUUUCAUGUAAAUCAUUUACAUCAAAUUUACAUCAUAUAUAUCACAUUUACAUCAAAUUGACAUCAUUUACAUCAAAUUGAAAUCAUUUUGGACACUUACAUCAUAUUUACAACCUUUAAAGUGAGCGAUUUUUUUCCGGUGCGUUAUUCAGAAACCAGAAAGGGCUAAGUCUAAUCUCGUGGGAGAGAAAGCCAACUAGAGCGUCAAGGUUAAUUUAAGACUUUGUUAUAAACUCGCCGAGGGUAAGACGUAGGUAGCCAUCAAAGUCAUUAGAUGCUCAGUGGUAUGUUUGCUGUAAGUUAAUGUUGUUUCAUCCGGUAUGGAUAUUGUUGAGAAUUAAAACAAUUUCGCUUAUA